AUGAAGAUGUUCACCUUUUUACACAGGUUCAGACCAAAUGCAGUGAAGUCUAUAAUCCAAACCAUACUUAAUGAAGAACUAAGUGGAAAGCAGUAUGAUGCUGAACAGAGUCCAGUAUGGUGUAGAUCAAUAGCAGACAAAAUAAAGCAUAAAAUCAAAGAUCUUAACUAUUCUAGGUAUAAAAUAAUUGCGCAAGUUCUUAUUGGAGAGCAGCGAGGAGAAGGAGUUCGGAUGGCUACAAGAUGUUUGUGGGAUGCAGAAGCAGAUAACUAUGCAACUCAAACCUUCAUGAGUGAUUCUCUGUUUUGUGUGGCAGUUGCCUAUGGAGUAUACUACUAUUAAAAGAAAAGCAGUGAACCAAUAAAAUUUAUCUUUGAAUAGUCAAUUCUACUCCUUUCUUUUUCUACCAGUAUGACCAAUACAAAAGUUACAUGUGU